UCAAAGCAAAGCAAAGCAAAGCAGCGGAGGAGGAUCAGGUCUUCGAAGCCAGAAUGAGUUAUGACAAUUGCCGAAGGAGUUUCCAUAGCUCAGUGGCAGAGUGUAAGAGGAAGCCCUCGAAUUCAGCACCUUGGCAAGACGUUAUUGGCUAGCUGAGCUGAGAUACGGCAAGGAGAACGGAAGAGAAUAUUUUGGCAAGAUUGAAAUAAGAACAUACAAAGAGCCUGCUGGAUCAGGCCAAUGGCCCAUCUAGUCCAGCAUCUUGUUCUCGCAGGGGCUGUACAGUAGGAAACUGGGAAGCUGGAUCUCAGCUCCUGUGGCUUCUAGCAACUGGCAUUCAGAAGCAUCGCUGCCUCUGGCUGUGUAGGCAGAGCAGAGCCAUGCUGGCUAGUUGCCACUAAUACCCCUCUCGUCCUCCAUGAGUUUGACUAAUCCUCUUUUAAAGCCACCCAAGUAAACUGCCUGUUGUAGUCUAACAAUGCGCUGCAUGAAGAAGCCCUUCAUUCCUUGUCCUGGCGAAGGCUUGACUUGGCAUAUGGUUUGACACAGGGAAUCUAAGGCCAGCAGAGAGAGAGAUGCCCCUCCUGUGGAAAUGUGGUUUCCUUGGCAUGGUGCCCGUGUGACGCUGGACAUGCCUUUUGCUCUCCGUUGCCCCUUCCUGGGUCAUUAACCCCGGAGCGGCAUGUUUGCUGGUGCCGUGGCCUCUCUGUCAAUGAACUUGCUGGCGUACAAAUGCCAGGGAAGAACCAGAGGAGAAAAAGGGAUGUGAGUCAGUCAAAAAGGGCCUCCCCAGCCCUCCCAGCAGCCUUGAGCAGCGGGACUCUGACCUUCCUUUGCAAACACAGCCGCCGGGGGAGAGGCUAUGCUGGGGCUUGGGAUCAGAAGGAGUCGGCUGCUUGCCUGAUGCAGGAUUGAAGGGACCCCCGGAGGAAACUGCCCAUAAGGAAGGAACCAACCAUGGAGUCUUUGGAGCUCGUGGAAGACCCUCGGUUCGCCCCUGAACUGAUCCACCUGCUGAUCCACAACUUCAGCGUCCCGGUCGCCUGCUUCUCCCACCCACCGACCGCCCUGCAGCUGCUGCAGCAGCAGAACCUCGUGGACCUUGCCAUCACUGCCAUGGCGACCUUCCUCACGCUGCUGUCCGUCAUCAUCUUUGUGGAAGACGCCCUGUAUCUCUCUAGGAAGGUCCGCUGCUUCGUCAAGAUGAAAACCCUCAUCUGGAGCAGUUCUGCGCCCACCGUGGUCUCGGUGUUCUGCUGCUUUGGGCUCUGGGUUCCCCGCUCCAUGACUGUGGUGGAGAUGGCCAUUGGCGCGUAUUUCGCCGUCUGCUUCUACCUGCUGAUGCUGAUCAUGGUGGAAGGGUUUGGGGGCACGGAGGCUGUGCUCAAGGCCUUGAAGGACACCCCGAUGGUGAUCAGUACGGGGCCCUGCUGCUGCUGCUGCCCCUGCUGCCCUCGCAUCACUAUGACCAAGCGAAAGCUGAAGCUGAUCAUGUUGGGGAGUUUCCAGUACGCCUUCCUCAAGGGAGCCGCCAUCUUUGUGGGGCUUGUUCUGACCACGGAGGGCCUGUACGACACCUCUGAUAUAUCAGCCACAAGCGUGGCUCUGUGGAUCAACACCGCCCUGGGAGUGUCAACCUUAUUUGCUCUGUGGGCAAACGCGGUCCUCUUUCGGCAAGCCAAAGCCCACUUGUCGGAGCAGAACAUGGGCUGGAAGUUCGCCUGCUUCCAGGUCCUCCUCAUCCUGACGGCGCUGCAGCCCUCCAUCUUCAGCAUCCUGGGCAAUGGCGGCCAGAUCGCCUGCUCCCCACCCUUCUCCUCCAAAGUGCGGUCCCAGAUGAUGCACGCACAGCUCCUGGUCCUGGAAACCUUCGUCCUGGCUGUGCUGACCAGGAUGUACUACAGGAAGCCGGACGACAAGCCAGGCUGUUGCCCGGCCGGAGGUUUGCCAGAGAGCAAAGCAGGAAUCGGUCUCUCGGCUGCCUAGGAACAGGAGUGCCCAGCAGGGCUAUCAGAGGCCCCCAACCCUCAAAUGCCAGCAUUUGCUCUGGGAUCUCAAGAAGAACGGCGACAUGUGGCCUUCCUUGCAGGGGGAAGGGACGAGGCAAAGGACCGAUUCCGCCUUGGACACAUGCCCCUUUGUACAAGAAUGACUUCAGGACAACUGCAAUAUGUGCAGCUAUGGUCCAAAGUGCCUGGGGCACAUGGAAUAAAUCUAUUUUAUGCUGAAUCGGUUAUUAAUCCCUAGCCCACUCCUACUAUGAAAAGCAAUCCCAGCGCGUUGUCUUCUUCUUCGGCGAUUCCUUGAAGCCGAGUAAGAUUGUUUUCCAUGAACAAGGCUUUAAAAGUGAGUCCAUAAGGGGACUGUGGAGGCCAAUUCUGGAUCCACACGUCCUUCCACAGUAGGGACAUAGGUUUCCGGGGUUUGCAAAGUGUGCCUUCCUCUUAGCACGUUUCUCCCUUGCAUUCUGAGUUCGAGUGUCUUCAAAGUCCAGACCUUUGAAGUCCAGUUGGAGCGCUCGCAGGCCAGUGUUUCCCAGUUAUCGGUGCUUAUGUUGCAUUUUAAAAGAUUUGCCUUGAGACAGUCUUUAAACCUCUUCUGUUGUCCACCGGUAUUUCACUUUCCAUUCUUGCGUUGGAAACAGAGUCCAGUGGGGCCUCGCUAGACGAAUGCCCUGUAAGACGAAUGUUUCGCUUAACAUAAGAGAUUUUUCGAGCGGAGGUUGCCUCGCUAGACAAAUCCGUUUUGUGAAAAAUUCAUCUAGCAAAUUGCGGUUUCCCAUAGGAAUGCAUUGAAAUUCAAUUAAUGCAUUCCUAUGGGCAAAAAAAUAUUAAAAAAAAUCCAAUGCAUUCCUAUGGGAUUCGCUAGACGAUUUUUUCACAAAACGAAUUGACUCACAGAACAAAUUAAAUUCGUCUAGCGGGGCACCACUGUACAGUAGUUCCUUUGGAAGACAUCCGUACAACAUGACCAGUCCAACGAGGUUGAUGUUGAAGAAUCAUCGCUUCGACACUGGCGAUCUUUGCUUCUUCCAGUACACUGGCAUUAGUUCUUUUGUCUUCCCGAGUGCUGUGUAAAAAUUUUCGGAGACACCUGUGAGAUUAGAACCCCUUUUUUGGAUUCUCCGCACUGCUGUUUUUCUGGACAGGUGAUCCUGUUACGGUGUGCCUUUUGGAGUCACGGAAUCAUAGAGUUGGAUGGGACCCUGAGGGUCAUCUAGUCCAACCCCCUGCAAUGCAGGAAUCUCCCAUUUGAGAGCUUUGUGGUCCUCCCAGCCCUCGUGACCCAACGCUAUGGGGACCCGUGGCGGGACCUGUGCAAAUCUUGCAUGGAUUGUGAGAUGAGAGCUUGGCACAACAGACUACAAGGAAGCAGGGAGAUUAAAGCUGAUUUUUUAAACAUUAAAGACAACCCGAAAGCAUUUUGGGUAAAAUGACAUUUAUUUGGCUAAACGCAGAAGUUGAAGAAAAAAGGACGAACCCACAAAACAAACCCCCAUCCAGCUUACAGCAGAACCAGGUGGUUGAAAUUCAGAGACAGGAAACUUAACACUGAUUGAAAGAGGCAUGGCUAGGAGAGAAAAGUCCGCCGCCACCACCAGUCUCUGUGGCUACAGAGAACUCUAUUGAGGCAACCAGUCAAAAGAUUUCUGUUUGGACAUUUGUACGCCAGCUUCCCUGUAAAGGACAUCAAUGAAUGGCUUUUGUCCAGCAUAGGAAAUCUUGACCACUGCAUCAUGCAGCUCAAACCGUCUAGUGUCAAAACCUGGAUCCUUAGAGAUCGGCCAGGUCUUCACUAAGCCAACGAGCAAGGAAGGUUGGGGAAACUAAAAAAACACCCCUUAAUUCUUCUUUUUUAUUAGUGCUAAAAAACUGGUAACUGUUUCUACUACAGACAUGUUUGCUCCUCUCUGAAGCAAGAGAGGGUAGUCUAGACAAAACUUUACGAUGCAGGGCGGUUACUGAGGAAUUGCGCUGGUCUAAAAGGCCUGAACUGGGCAGCCUUAGGCAGCCUGAACUUGGCUAGAAAUCCUGCAGCAAUGCAGUGAUAGGACCAAAUCUCAUAUGGCUUUUAAGAAAAUGCAGCAGCUGUAAUAGGGAACAGAAAUUAUGUGCCACCGAGGCCCUACAAUGCAAGAAGGGAGUUUCACAAGGCCCGUUUUUCAAGUGGUCAAAUGUACAAGAUGCUUCAGUGUUGGUAUUUCAGGGUGGACGGCUGUCAGAAGGUGCCUCAAUUCUGCAACUCUCGCAUGGCCAACGAAAGGUUAGUUUGGGUGUUAACUGGAGUGGCAUGAAAGCUGCUCCAACAUGGUUUGGAUCCCACGAUGCCCCGCUAGCAUAUGUGAAGUACCACCAUGUGGCUUUUCAAAUCCAUUAUGGGACUCCUAACAAUACUGCCAUCGGCCAGAGCAUAAGAACUCUGCUCUGGGUGGGAAUUUGGGGUGGUCUGAGCUUGCCCUGUGUAGGAAUUCCUCCUCAAUUACGA